AUGAGGCCCGCGGCGGGGGCGACGCCGAAGGCGGCGGCGGUGGCGUCGAGCCCAGGGCGAGCCNUCGUCGCUCGGAGCCGGAGCGUUGGCCGCGCCUCGGCGGCGGCUGCGGCGGCGGCGGCGGAGGCGGAGGCAGAGGGCGGGGAGCCCUCGUCCCCGAAGGUCACGUGCAUCGGGCAAGUGCGGAUUCGGAAGGGGAAAAAGGGCGAGAAGAGGGCGAACCCUAGCAACUCCAAGGCGAAGGCGAAGGCGAAGGCGAAGGCAUCGACGAUCAUGGCGAUCGCGCGGUGCCGUUGCCUGCAGAGCGCUCUCCUCUGCGGCGGCGGCGGAGAGUUGUGCGCGGGGAAGCCGAAGAGCUGGCGCGCGCCGCAGCGGAGGGGCGCGCUGUGGCGGCGGCUAGGGUUGAGCUUCGGAUCCGAAGAGGAAAAGAGCUGUUCGGGGAGCAAGGGGUUGGAGAAGGGACCAGGGGCGGGGGCGGGUUUCAUCACGGCGAGGUCGGAGAUCGCCCCGGCCGAGAUCAAAUCCAAUCGCGGAGAAACUAACGAUGGAAACUACGACGACGAAGAAGGAGCAGGAGGAGAAGAAGAAGAGGAAUCGGAGCGCGAGGAGGAGGAGGAGAGCGCGCGGUUCGUGUCGCCCGCGAAAGCCGCGACCCCGCCGAGGAACGCGCUUCUGCUGAUGCGGUGCCGAUCCGCGCCGCACAACCGCUCGUCGGCCCUGGCGACGGCGCGGUUCGCGAUCUCCCCCGAUCCGGCGAAGCGAUCGCCCUCCCCCGCGGCGGCUGCGGCGGCGGAGGAGGAGGAGGAGGAGGAGGUAGAGGAGGGGCAAGAGGAAGCGGCGAAGCUUGAUGAGAGAAGAGAGGAGCGAGGCAUCCAUGGUGAUGAGGAGAAAGAGGACGAAGAUGAUGAUGAUGAGGAGGAGGAAGAGGAGGAGGAGAUGAGGUGUUCUUCGUCGCGGCCAUUGGUGCUGACGAGGUGCAAGUCGGAGCCGGCGAGGAGGGCGGCGAAGAUGGUGGCGGCGGAGGCGGCGAGCUGCUUCUGGAGACGUAGGAGGGUGGCGGCGCCGCCGCCUCGGGAGGAGCGGACACCACCGCGCUGACCCAAACAAAUUAAUUAAUUUCCCGCCUCUCUCUCUCUCUCUCUCUCUCUCUCUCUCUCUCUCUCUGUGUUUUUCUUUAUUAUAGUUUUUAGUAAUUAGUAGUAGGGGGAGUUGAUGUCUUCGUUUGUUGGUUAAUUUGUUUAACUGAACUGCUGUUGUAUGGCUCGGUCCUCGGAUGUAUAAAAAGCAUACAUAGAGUGUUUUGUGGAGUGUUAAUUAAUCGCCAAUUUGUUAUUAAACCAAACAGUGAUCUAAGUUAA